GCGAGCUUUGCUUCGCUUCGUUGCGCGCGAAGCCGACUUCCUGUUCGGCCGUCACUUGGUCCUCACGUCGCACCUUACCACUUCUAUCUGGUUCGGCAUCCUAUAACAAUUUCAUCAUUAGCAUCACUGGUGCGCCACCGCAAUCGCCUGCUCGAAAGCCUGCCUUUGGGCGGCUUGCACACGCUCAAAGUCUCUUCACGCCGACCAACCCAUCACUCUUUCGACGGCCAUGACGAUUCGACGAGUCACGCUGCCUCCCCGCGGCGAAUAUCGAUUCGAGCUGGAAAAUGAGGAGAAGCUCUCCAUUCGCUUGGUGCCCAGCACGGGUGAUGCGGAAAUAUUUGGCUCCUCAUUGAUCUCCAGCACCUCGUCGGAUCGGUGGUACAACUUUGGGGAAGAAGCAAAAGCUGCGAUUUGUUCCUGGAGCGGCUGCGAGCUGGAGUUGGCGGGAUCUGCAAGUGUCGAAUACCUAGCAGACAGCUUGAGUCCCACUUUUGGUGCCUAUACGAAUUUGCACCUCUACUUGGAGCAAGAACGACUCAAAGCUAGGAACGAAUUGAGGAGUGCAUCCAGAGAGACGCUGGAGGACAUCAAAGACAGAGCUCUCAGGGCUGCUAACCCGACAGUACCGCUAGAGGUGGACUCCAAAGACGACACGGGCGUAGCAGAGCUGCUGACUGGUGGUGAGAAAUCUGGACAAGCGAUCUACGAGAAUAUCGGACAAGGACCGAGGGUGUUGGUCGUAGGACCUGAAUCGGCUGGCAAAACUUCUCUUGCCAAUUUGCUCGCCAAUUAUGCCCUCAAAAGCCCAGCAGUCUGCGAGAUUCCACACAUGAAAGCUCAGGAGGACAACGAGAACAAGAGGGAUGGGGAGGCAGAGAGUGCACUGACAGGUUGGUGGCCCGUCAUUGCUAACCUCGAUCCUAGCGCUGGAGCUCCGACCCUACCAUGCACCUUUUCUCUCCUUCCUCUCUCACCUUCCCCCAGCGUCUCCCUUACAACCGCUUCGCCCGCCUACCCCUUCGGUUUGACCCUUCCCACAACAGGCCUUUUCACCACCACAUCCCUCAAUCCCGUCUCUUCAAUUCCAGCUCAAACUCUGUGGCUAGGCAAGGAAGAUGUCAGAACCAACGAGGUGCACUCCAAAAGAGUCGUGGAUUGGUUGGGAGCUGCUCUGGAAAGACGUUUGGCUAGGGACUACAGAGCGAGAUGUAGUGGAGUUAUUGUGGAUAGCAUGGGCGUCAAUUCCAAAGAUGCCAGAAAAGGCUACUCCUUCUUGAAACAUGUGGUCAGAACGCUUUAUAUCGACACAAUCAUUGUCCUGGGCCACGAGAAGCUGCAUAUCGAACUGACGCGCCUCUUCGCAAGUGCUACUCCUGGUGGUGAAGCAUCCGCAGCCUCGAGCGCAAGCUCAUCCACCCACAAACCUAUCCAAGUGAUCAAAUUGCCCAAAUCAGGCGGAGUCGUCGAGCUGGACGAGACGUACAAAGCUCGAUUACGCAGCUUGCAAAUCCGCAAUUACUUUUAUGGAGGAAGCGUCGACAAGAAGAGCACAUCGGCCAAAACUGGCGCCGAUCAUGUCGCCUCGUCUCUGGCACCGGCUGUCGUUGACGAUCGGAUGCAGGAAGCUACCAACAAUGAGGGAGGGCCGACGGAUGGGACACCGUUAGGAGGGUUGCCACCUCUUAAUCCCCUGACUACUUCCAUCCCCUUCGAUCUGCUGGAAAUCUAUAGAGUGGGACAGGAAUCCAUGGCACCCACCUCCGCUCUACCGAUAGGAAUGGGUCGAACAGUGACAGAGACGCAACUGCUGAAACUUGAUAUAGUGAACAGUUUAGCGGACCAGAACAGCAUCUUGCACAACGUGUUGGCGCUCGUCGAGCCCCCUCAUGGAGGAGGAGGACCGGGUCAGCCUGAUUCUCAGACUGUGCCUCCUCCAGAAGACGACGCCAUCAUCGGAGCCAACGUGCUGGGGUUCCUUCACGUCGUCGGCAUCGACACGCAGAGAAAGAAGCUGAACAUUCUUUCGCCAAAUCCGACAAAGAGGUUGCCAAGCAAGACCGCCUUGUUAGGAACUCUCGAUUGGCAAGACGCUUAG